GCUUCGUGCGUGCAGCACCGUGUGGUGGUCCGGGACGCGAGCACCCUGCAGACCCUGCAGCUCUACACCUGCCUGGACCAGGUCCAGCACGUCGCGUGGUCGUCGGAUUCCCUCUUCCUGCUGUGCGCCAUGUACAAGCGCGGCGUUGUUCAGGUCUGGUCCUUGGAGCAGCCCGACUGGCACUGUAAGAUCGACGAGGGCUCGGCAGGACUGGUGGCUUCAUGCUGGAGCCCGGAUGGUCGUCACAUUCUCAAUACGACCGAGUUCCAUCUGCGGAUAACUGUGUGGUCCUUGUGUACGAAAUCUGUGUCUUACAUCAAGUAUCCCAAAGCUUGUCAGCAAGGGAUUGCUUUCACCAAGGACGGCCGCUAUAUGGCAGUGGCAGAGAGACGGGACUGCAAGGACUUCAUUAGCAUCUUCGUGUGCAGCGACUGGCAGCUGCUGAGGCACUUUGACACCGAAACACAAGAUCUGUUUGGGAUUGAGUGGGCUCCUAAUGGCUGUGUUCUGGCAGCGUGGGAUACGUGUCUGGAGUACAAGAUACUGCUGUACUCCCUCGAUGGCAGACUGCUCUCCACGUACCGGGCCUAUGAGUGGUCACUCGGCAUCAAAUCGGUCGCCUGGAGUCCCAGCAGUCAAUUCUUGGCAGUUGGCAGCUAUGAUGAGAAGGUGCGUAUCUUGAACCACGUCACCUGGAAGAAGAUCACAGAGUUUGAGCAUCCGGCAACCGUUGCCAGCACCAAGACUAUUGUGUAUAAAGAAGUGGAGAAAUCCCCAUCUGUUGAAACAGAGAGACUUUCUUUCCCUCCAACAAGAGCAUUGGCUAGUUCUCUCUUCAGCACACAGAGUAAAUAUGACAUUUCCCAGGUGCCGGUUUCUUUACAGUUCAUCAAACCAGUUGCUGACAGGGCAAAUCCCAAAAUGGGAAUCGGGAUGUUGGCAUUCAGUCCAGACAACUGUUUCUUGGCAACCAGAAAUGACAACAUCCCUAACGCUGUCUGGAUCUGGGACAUCCAGAAGCUGAAGCUGUUUGUGGUCCUGGAGCAGCUGUGUCCGAUCCAGUCCUUCCAGUGGGAUCCCCGCCAGCCCCGGCUCGCGGUGUGCACGGGGAACAGCAGAGUCUACGUGUGGUCCCCCGUGGGCUGCGUGGCAGUGCAGGUCCCCACAGAAGGUGACUUCCAGAUCGUGUCUCUCUCCUGGCAUCCCAGUGGAGACUCCAUGGUGCUUCUGAGUAAGGACAGCUUCUGUGUGUGUUACUUAGAAAGAGAAGAGGUCAAAUAGCAGUCACUUGCAGUAAAAAUGCUC